AUGGCUCUAUCGGGUUUGGUUAAAUCCCCAGUUUGGAAUGUGCUACAUCUGGUUCAUGAACUUGCCAAGUCAAUUAGGGUUUUUUUUAAUGAAAAAAAGGGGUUAAUGGAUUGGGAUGAUGUCCUACCUGAGAAAACAAAGAAAAAGAAGGAGACCUCGCAGUUCAAUUACGAUUCACCUUCGAGGUUUACAGAGAGACGGGAGAGAGAGACAAGGAACACGAACAGCCCAAUUCAACAGAUCUUCCCCACCUUGAAAACAAGUCAUCAUCAAUCAGGCGUGUUUGAAAGGAAACUAGCUCGGAAUGUCAUGAGAAAUGAGGGUUAG